AUGGAUUUUAAUAAUCCUACUGAUAUGACUAAAAAGGACAACGAAUAUAAAACGUUUCCUAAGAAACGUCCACUGCCCAAAUUAAUGGCAUGUAUGACUAAGACAAGCUUGGAGAAUUUCCGUAGCAGAGCUAUCUUCUCUUUAGACGUACUCGACGCCAAUGGUAUUCGAAGGCGUAAAUUUCCUCUUCAUGAGUGUCUAAUUUUGGAACUUAAAGAGGCCGGGUUCUUGGAUUCAUCGGCGUACCUGCAAGAUCUUAUUUACGAUAAUGUACAACUUGUGGACCAAGAUGAUAUUGGAAUUGUAGUAGACCUCCGGAAGAGAGAAGAUUACUUGCACCAUAUCAGUUCUGCCCUACAGAAAGUAGAAAAGUACCGUGAACAAAGAGCGGACCAAGAAGAACCGUUUUCCUUACUGACAGAAGUACGAGAUUUUUCUAUUGGAAAGUCCUGGCCAUUACACGAUGUUAAGGAGGCUGGAGAUGUACCAGCCACUGAAACGGUGUUUGGGGCGACAGCUAUACAAUUACACAGAGUAUUAAUCGACAAAGCAAGAACUGUACGCAAGACAGACCCGCCUAAGGCUGAGAGACUGGCUCGCUUGGCUGAGAGAAGGGCUAAAGACGCUGGAGAAACAGCAAAAACAGCCGAAGCGAUAAUUGAAAUUGGAAUUUGUCAGUUGGUGAUGAACAAUUUAAAUAAUGCGCAGAAAACGUUUGAGAAGGCUUAUAAGAUUCAUGAGCAGAGCGGGAAUGUGGAAGGCAUUUGUGAAACGAGAAUGCAUUUAGCAGCGGUUAUGCAGCGGUUAGGUGAAUAUGAAACUGCGGCCAAAUUGCUUACGGAGAUGGGAGCCACUGCGAUGGAUCAUGGUUUAAGAAGACAGCUAGGUCGAGCCCUGCAUCUCUUGGGCGAGCUACAUUUAAGGAGAGAGCGGCCGGAAUUAGGCACUCAACAUCUCGCCGAAGCCUUCCUUUGUUUCAUGGGCUUUCGGUUUCAAGCGCUGGAAAGUGAGAAUAAGGUGGGAGCUGAAAGCGGGAAGGAAGGGCAAGAAAUAGGUGAGAUAUACAUCAAAAAUGAAAACGAGAUUUACGAAGAAGAAGCUGAACAAUCGAGACUUAUGACGGCCAUUUCUGCAGGUCAAGAACUAAUGGCAUCCUACUUCAAUUUGCUGCGGGAGGCUGGCGGAUGUACGGUGGCUAAAAUGAAAACAAUUGAAUGGAAACUGUCGCACGCGCGCUGGUGGGUCAAACGACCUCACCACGACUUCCUGCCAUGUAUGUGCCCAGUGCACAAUCGGACUCCACUGGAUGUCUUGUGGAAUCAGAUAGAAUGCAAGAAGUCGCAACAACAUGUAUCUCAAUUUGAUUUCUCAAAUGAACCUCUCGGUAGAACUUCUACGAUUCAAGAUAUCAGAAAACUUCAUAGCAGUUUUAUGCGUAGUGGUACAAGUCGUGCACUUCCGACCGAAGAAAAAUAA